CUAGGGUUUACCGGUGAAUGACUUUCAUGGCGAAACAGAACCAGUGAACGCUCCUCUCUCUUUGAAAAUGCGGAGACCAUCGACGCCAUUGCCCUCGCCGCAGCAGCUGGGGCGCGUCCUCCUCCUCCGCCGCUUUUCUUCCUCUCAACCGUCACUGCCACGACCUGGCAGCCACCUCUCUCUCUCCAAACCGCCAUUUCUCUGUCCGCCGCCGCCACUCCACCGCCACCACUUUCCCACACCAUCCUUCUCUCUCUCCCUCUCCAGACUCUUAUCGUCCGCCUCCAUUGCGGAUGCAGAACCAGAGAUCGUCCAGUCUCUCUCGUCCGAGCUUGUGAAGGACUCAGAUUCAGAUUCUCUCUCCAUCACUCAACGCCUAGACCUUAACUUCUCUCACAUCACUCCGAGCGCGUCCCUAAUCCGCCAAACCCUAAAUUCCUCCCCCGACGCCGGCCGUACAGUCAUAGGGUUUCACAAAUGGAUCCUGACCAGGCCCGAUUUCAAGCCUUCCGACGAGACGUUCUCGCACUUCGUGGACUACUUCGGUCGCCGGAAGGAUUUCAAGGCGAUCCACGAGGUCCUCGUGGACGGCCGUGGCGUGGCCGGGGAGAAAACUCUCGAGUCGUCCGUGGACCGGCUUGUCCGUGCCGGCCGGCCGACGCAAGCGGUAUCCUUCUUCGACGGAAUGGAGAAAGAUUAUGGCUAUACUCGGAACCGUGAGUCUCUAAACUUGAUUGUUACUAAAUUGUGCGAGCAUGGCUUUGCUAGUUAUGCGGAGAAAAUGGUGAAGGCUUGGGCGAACGAGUUCUUUCCUGAUGAAUAUAUAUGUGAUGUGUUAAUUAAGGGGUGGUGUGUUGAUGGAAAGCUUGACGAGGCCAGGAGGCUGGCCGGCGAGAUGUACCGUGGGGGAUUUGAGAUAGGUACUGUAGCCUAUAAUGCCAUUCUUGAUUGUGCUUGUAAGCUUUGUAGGAAAAAGGACCCGUUUCGGCUUCAAUUAGAAGCCGAGCAGGUGUUGGUGGAUAUGGAUGUUGCUGGUGUUCCACGCAAUGUGGAGACAUUCAACGUGUUGAUUACUAAUUUGUGUAAGAUUCGUAAAACCACUGAUGCAAUGAACUUGUUUCACCGAAUGGGGGAGUGGGGAUGUUUUCCAAAUGAGACCACAUUUCUUGUUCUAAUAAGGAGUCUGUAUCAGGCGGCAAGGACUGGUGAAGGAGAUGAGAUGAUUGAUCGGAUGAAUUCUGCAGGGUUUGGUGAAGCUCUUGAUAAGAAGGCAUAUUAUGAGUUUCUUAAGAUUUUGUGUGGAAUUGAGAGGAUUGACCACGCCAUGAGUAUUUUCGGUAAGAUGAAGGAGGAUAGCUGUAAUCCUGGGAUCAAAACAUAUGACUUGUUGAUUGGUAAGUUGGUUGCUCAUGGACGUGUAGAUAAAGCAAAUGCUCUUUACAAGGAAGCUGAAAGCAGAGGGGUACCAGUAGCCCCUAAGGCCUAUAAGCUGGACCCCAGAUUUAACAAGAAACCUACGGUUUUGAAGAAAGAGAAGAAACGAGAAACAUUGCCUGAGAAAAUGGCAAGGAAGAGGAGACGGCUCAAACAAAUUCGAUUAAGUUUCGUAAAGAAACCAAAAAGAAUGACGCGGAGGGCCUUUUGAUCUUUCCCAAAUUUUGCCAAUAUGUUAUUGCAAUUAUCAAGUGACAGGUCCAUUGUAGAACUUUGAUCUCAUUUGUUUUGAUGAGUUUGGUUUAAGUUAUACUUCUUGAUUUUCUUAGAAAUAAACUUUAGUUCAAUAUAGAAUAUCGGUUCAUACUUUGUUACGUCCAGCAUGAAUAUCUGCAGUUCUCUUGCAGCAAGACGAAGCUCUUGGGAGCCUGUGUCUUGAUUCAUAGAGCUUAGAAACUACUGCUAUCCUGUAGUUGAAUUACUUACAGCUUAAAUGAAAGCUGGAGGUCCUCCUGCCAA